AUGGCUAGUAUCAAAGAGAGAGAUGAGAUAGCUUUGUCUCAAAACACUAUCGCAUUAAAAGGAUUUGCUCUUGCAAUACAGCUUGUAAUGGUUGCAGCGGUUCCGGCGUUGACUGAGGUUGUGCAAGAUUCGUGUUCUUCAUCUGAUUCUGAUAGUGAAGAUAUUGAUGGAAGUGGGCGAGAUAUUUUUACAAAGAAACGGACUCUCAAUCCGGCACAUGCACGGAAUUUGGACAAGAGAACUGAUGUUAUUGUUCAUAGCAUCUUGGUUCAAGAUCCAGAGCGACCUAUUGAUGAGGCCAUUUUAGUUCGGCAUGAUGAAGUUCAUGAUUCAAGAGUUGAUAACUUGGUCGAGGCCAUCAGGCGUAACUAUCAAUUCAAUAAUUCGUGUUUCCGCGGUGGGAUUAGAAAGAUUGAUGUUGUUCAUAUGCGAGAAAAGGUCAAAUCAUCUGCAAAGUGUAAGAGACCAAAGAAGGAUAUUACUACUUCGUCGGAAGCUGAGAACAGUGUCAUCGUUGACCUUGUGCUUGACAAAAUCAAACCUCAGAUUGAUGUACUGGAAUCCAACAUUAAGAUAGGUUCAUCUCGUGUUGAUGCCAUAGAGGGGGGUGUUCGUAAACAAGUUGAGACGUUGUUGGGUAAGUUUAAGGGGGAAAUGCUUUCAUCUCUUAAGGAUAUCGUUUCAGAAGUUUGUAAAGACCACCUUGCUGCGCAUAACGGCCCGGGAAAUUAUCAACCGUCUUCUCCGACAAAUUUAAUCGUUCCCAGAUGUCAUACCAGCCAUGUUGCCGACGCAAAUGCAAAGACAAUCGAAAACGUUCUACGUGACACUAGUCAAUACUCUACACCUCCCCGCUCGAACCGUAUAUGUGAGUCCGUUAAUCCUACUCCGACGAAGAAACAACAGGUUGAAUCCGGCAAUGUAUGUGGAACUCCGGUAAUUCAGUCAGGUGCGCAAUCAGCUAAUAGCGAGAAUCGAUCGAGGCAACAGUCAUUCCAACAAAAGUUGACUCCGCAAAAUAACAAAGACAACAUUGCAGAUGAACCUUCCUUUUCGCUUGGUCUAACUCAGGAUGAACAGAUUCAAGAAGACAUCCCUAUUUUGGGACAAACUUGUCCUGACCAUGUACAGUUGUCUCACACGAAUGUGGAUGACAAUAUAGAAGGAAUUUCAUCGUCACGUAGAAGUAAGAGGCAAAAGACGGUUCCAUCGGGUCUUGUAGAGGAUUACCUUUGUGGGCCUCAUUUAUUGUCAAGGGCUAAGGAAUCUCAGAGGAGCAUAUUUGCGACACUUGAUAUUUCAGAGUUGGUAAGGAAGUUCACGAAUCUGGAGUACAAAAUGAAGUCAAAUUUUGUGAUCAACGUUUCUGGUUUAGCUGUGUCUAGAAGGGAAAUUCUGCUAAUUUGUGAGAGGCAACGAAAUUACACUGCCAAGGUUGUUGAUAUUCUUAUUAGAGUUUUACGGUCGGUUAUUUUGGAUCAGUUACCUUCUGAAGGUUCACAGAGUGCUGAGUUUCUUGAUACCAAGUUUGGUGCUGCUAUAAUGAAGAACUUUCCCAGGUUUCUUAAGAGUAAGAACAAGGAGUCCUACAUAUUUCCAAAAUCAUUGAGUGGUAUUUUCCCAACCAAAGAAGCUCCAAAGGUCAAUCCAAGAAAGUAUUAUUUUCCUUUAAAUGUUGGGAACAAACAUUGGGUUGGUAUUUGUUUUGACGCUGUGUGUGGGACUGUCACCAUCCUAGAUUCAUGCUUGGCAUUGCACAAGCAGAAGGCGUUAGAGAAGAUAAUUACCCCUGUCAUACAAAUGUUACCGUAUCUUGCUAGAUAUGCUUCUCUUGACAUUGAAACUGAUCCGGUUAUUCAGUGUUAUGAUGUUGCUAGGCCAAAAUCAGUCGUCCAGAUUAAGAAUGAAGCCGAUUCUGGUUUGAUGUCUUUGCUCUUUAUGGCGAGGCAUGCUUUAUAUGGACCAGAAGCUUGUAAGAAUAUUGGUGAUGAUGUGCUCGUAGAGAAGAGUAAGAGUGCAGCAAUACUGGCGUAUGAGUUCAAGGAAAAGUUAUAG